AUGAAUGAAAAUUUACAAUGUACUGUGUGCUCAAGGAGAUGUUAUAAUUCAAAGAAAUUAACCAAACAUUUUAGAAAGCAGCACCCAGAAGUGGAAUUGAUCAAAUGCUGCUUCUGUGAUCAUGCAACUCCAGAAUCUUUGUUUGCACAGCAUAAACAAGACUAUCACCCACUGGAGAGGUUUGCUUGUAAAUUUUGUAAAUUCACAUCAAGGAAGUGGAGAAGUUUAAAAAAACACCAUACUAGUCAUGUUACCCCAGAAAUAAAAAGCUCAUCAAAUUUUUAUUCAGUAGAAAUCCUUAAUUGCAAGAUUUCAUCCAGAAUUUCUGAAGAAAGCUCAUUGAAUCAAACAUCUAAAAUUUCUUUACCUGAGCAUGCUUUUGGAAAUACAGAAGCACAAAGCUCCAUUAAAAAUAAAGAAGAAAAUCUUUUAGUUGUUGAGGGAAUACCCAAAGAGCAUAUUGGUACGUCAGAAAAUAAAAUAAUUAACACUGUAAAACAAGACACCCAAGUGACUGGUCCUUUACCACAAACUUCAAGAGAACUCAAGUGCAGCUGUGAGGGUUUAAAGCAUUGUAAAAUCUGUCAACAAACAAAUCCUAACAGGCAGACAACUACCCAGCCUUUAGCUGAGUGGUUUAAGUGUGAGGAUUGUCAAAAAAGCUUUGAGUAUUCUUUACAUUUGACAUAUCAUCGAUUGGUACACAAGCUCCAGCGUUGCUAUAUCUGUGGCAAGUGUGACAGAUAUUUCAAUGAACCUGAAGAUUUCGAUCAACACUUGUUAAAACAUUUUAAACACAAACCCUUUAAGUGUGAAAUGUGUGAGAAGGCUUUUACGUUGAAAUGUCAUCUUAAAGUGCAUAUGAGGCUACAUACUAGGAAUCUUGUUUACAAAUGUAAUUUAUGUAAUUAUGCAACAAACUUAAUGAGUGGGAUUUUAGAUCACAAAAGAGUUCACAUGAAUAUUAAACCAUACAAAUGA